UAUAGUCAGUGCAACUUCCCCUUUCAGGGUGGAUACAAGAAGUCACCCGAUGCACAGGCAGAGAAGGAGGAGAGGGCAGCAGUGAGUGUCCAGACAAACAGCUCCAUCCUACCACCAGCUAAAUAGCCAGAUUCUAGCAUUCAGUACAAGGGGCCAGCCUCAGCCAUGGCAGAUACGUACAUCAGACACAUUGAGCUGCUUGGGUUCGAGAAAAGGUUUUUUCCAAGCCAACAUUAUGUUUACAUGUUCCUGGUGAAAUGGCAGGAUCUAACCGAAAAACUAGUCUAUCGAAAAUUUACGGAGAUAUAUGAAUUUCAUAAAUCCUUGAAGGAAAUGUUUCCCAUUGAAUCUGGGGACAUCAACAUUGAGAACAGGAUCAUCCCUCACUUACCAGCACCCAAAUGGUUUGAUGGCCAGCGAUCUACACAGAACAGGCAAGGCACGCUGACUGAAUACUGCUACGCCUUACUGAAUCUGCCACACAAGAUUUCCCGAUGCUCCCAUGUUCUGAACUUCUUCAAAGUCAGGCCUGACGACUUGAACCCACCCACAGACAGCCACAUCAAGAAACCAGAGACAUAUUUAGUGCCAAAGGACUCCAAGAAAAACGUCGCAGACAUUACUGGCCCCAUCAUCCUGCAGACAUACCGAACGAUUGCAGACUAUGAGAAGAACUCCGGCUCCGAGAUGGCUCUGAAAACUGGGGACAUGGUGGACGUUGUGGAGAAGAGUGAAAGCGGCUGGUGGUUCUGUCAGGUAAAGAAUAAACGUGGCUGGGUCCCAGCCGCUUACCUGGAGCCUAUGGAAGGUCCUGAUGAAUCUGAAGAGCAGGAUCCGAACUAUGCAGGGGAGCUCUAUGUUGUCAGAAAAGGCUACACAGCUGCUGAGGAUGAUGAGCUGACACUGAAAGAAGGAGACACCAUAGAGGUUAUCCAUAAGCUACUUGAUGGCUGGUGGGUUGUCAGGAAGGAAGAAAUCACUGGUUACUACCCCUCCAUGUAUCUGCAGAAAUCUGGGGAAGAGAACAACCCUGUGAAGAAUACGCUGAGAAACAAAGGCGCCCCUCCUCGAAGGUCGACCAUCCGAAAUGUCAAGAGCAUCCACAACCAAAUCCGGAAGCGUAUCAGCCAGGAGACGUACAGACGGAACAGCAUGAAGUAUAGGAAGAUGAAGAUGCAGAGCAAUCUCCAGAACAAGUCCAAUACGAUCAGAGAGAAAAAUGAAAUGGUGGAAAAUGUGUCCAAGGCCCAACCGGCCGUUCCGCCACGACCCAGUAAGGACCUGAUCAUGAAUCGUUGUACAGAGAGCACGAAGAACAAGAUCAAAUGAUCCCACUGGGGAAAAAAAUAAAGCUGAUGCUUAUUCUCUGCCAGGACUCUG